AUGGACGAGAACUGGGAUUUGACGAUCGCGAGGGUGGUCCGGUUUGUGGAUGGAGCGAAUCAUGUCAAACGGAUAUGCGAACUUGCAGACGUGGAUUUGGAACUCGGAAGGUUGGCUGUGCAGCAUCUCUUGUUCUACCAGUGUGUUAUUAUGGUCGAUAUAUUCCAGUACUCGAAUAUUUACGCGCUCAAGCCAUCUAUUGAAUGGCUCGCCAACGAUCCGGGCGUACAAGAAGAAUGCCCAGGAUAUGUGACCCUCCCAGGACAUACUCCCCCUUCCUGGCCCGAACUCUUACGGCUCUAUUCUCGCCUCUCCCAUUCCCAAACAGUUCACAGCUGGCUCGAAUCCGCCUCUUCUGUAACCACCUCCCGCUCAAACCCCACAACUCCCAAAUCUCCUAUGGGUAUUUCGCCAGACAUCGUUUCUUCAAUUGAUCCACGGCGGUUCAUCUCAUUCGGGGUAAUCAAAGGAUUCGUCCGUCGCGUCCGACGGUGGCCAGUCCUGCUAUCGCGGCGCGGUAAACGGGGCCGGGACGGAUACUAA